CUGCUGCUCUUUUUCUCAGUUUUAUCCGUCGAAUCAAAAACAUCUUUAAUGCUUUACCAGUGACGCGAAAGCACGCGAACAUAUUUAAGAGUUUUUCGACUUUUCUGUGUUCCAAUAUCAGGCUCUAUGUACGACAAACGAGGCAUUCCUCGGCAAACGAAAAAGUGGAACUACAUUACCCAUAACCCAAUCUGGUAUAACAAACAACGGGUUAAAGGGCAAUAAAAAAAAGUCGGAACUGUUUUCAUUGAAGGUUUGUGUACUAAAAGAUCUUAGGAUGGCUUCAGGUGGAUCAGGAGUUCCCCCCACCGACCCGACUGACACACCGAGUCCACAGGCAGGGGUCCCCGCUGACUCUCAGAGUGGCAAAGACACCCCAAAAGCCAAAGAAGAGUCAGCAGAACGUUGCAAGGAUGGAGCCAAAGUGUGCCAGUUUUUCCGGAUAGGAAAAUGUCAUUUUGGCCUCAGAUGCCGUUUAGCUCACAGUGACCCAUUACAGGAUGAUUCAGGGGCUCUGUGUCCUGGUGUGGAUGAAAAACAGGAAGAAGAAAAGACACAAGAAAAACACAAGAACAAGAAGGGCAGUGUGAAUAAAGUGCCAAAGCACAACGAGAGAAGAGCAGAGGUGAACAAAAAGCCUCGUAUGCGCACAGCAGAUGAAGUGAUCUCCCGGAUCCUGUGGGACCCAUCGGUGGACGCAUCAGAAUUUGUAGUGGGCUAUGUGGAUCGAUUCCUCGGCGUGCUGGAGCGCCCCUUCUGUGACUUCAACUGGGAGACCAACCCGUGUGACUGUGAUUACACUGUUGAGCUGGCCUUGCCCAGACACAGGAUCCAGUACUUCACUUACAGAGGGCACCGUGUCUGGGACCGCCACACCAGGACUGACCGAGUUUUCGGUUCCACAGGUCAAUCUCUGGCUCCCCCCUUUGGAGGGGAAGAGGAAGUAAGAGAAGAAAAUACAGCAGCGCUUGAAACAACUAACGAGCAGCCACCUGCAGAGGAAGAGAAGCAGAAUGAGACAAAUAUUCACACCCCUGAGUCUGCACCACCACCACCAGAGUGUACAGGAAACACUUCUCAGGAACAACAGGAGUCACGAGGACCAUGUGUUGAGGAGGAGGCUGCAGAUAGACAUCAGGUUUCAGCAGAUCAGAGUUCCUCAAGCGAAGAGGAGGCACCGGGUGUAAAAGAGGAGGGUGAGGGGGAGAUUCUGCCAGAAUGGGAGGAAAGCUGGGAAGGCCAUGAAGACUGUAUAAGUUAUCCUGCAGUUCAACAAGUUAGCAAGAAUCCAUCUGUACCUCUGGAGCAAAGAGAAGAGAAGCGUGGUGGUCGCCCCCCUAAGAAGAGACCCACACACUUCAUCACCUUCCGGGCCAACACUCCUGCCAUCCUCUCCUGUUUCCAGCAGUUGCAGAAGGAGCUCACCUCCCUCAUACCUUCCUCUGCUCCUCACUGGCAAACCGCCUCCAGCCUUCACGUCACCCUGUGCCUCCUGGUGCUGCACAGCCCCGCUGAGGUGGCGGCUGCUGGGGAGAUCCUCCAACGGUUUGCACAACUGGACCGAAACCCGCCGGUAGCUGUGACCUUUCCUGUGAAGCUGAAACAUUUCAAUGGGAAGGUGCUGUACCUGAGUCCUCAGCCUCAGCUCCACCUACAACAGCUCAACAGCGGUCUGCAGGAGGCCUACAGGAAAGAGGGUUUUCUCCACAGGAACUCCUACAACCCACGCUACCACCUCAGUCUGGCCAGGGUACUGGACAGGGAGGGCGAGAAGAUAUUUGAAGGUGUGGGGGACCUGAGGGUGGGGAAGGGCUUAAACUUUGGGCGUCUGCCAGUUAACACCUUACACCUGUGUGCCAUGGGCGGCUCUAAAGUAGACGGUUUUUAUGAGAGGGUGUGCUCGGUAACACUUCGAUGAUAAAGAAGUCAGAUUUGCAGACAUUACUGGGUGCAAUAAGCCACGUGGCCUCGUCUACCAAAGCUGAUGCCUCUGAAUUAAACUUUAUAAGAAGUUUUGUUUAUUCAGAUAAGAUGCACAUUUUUUAAUGAAGGCCGUAAAAGGUGUAAAAAUAUAAUUUCGUUAAAUUUAUUAGAUAUAAAUACUUCAUUUAAAUUAAAAAUAUGAUCAAAGUUAUAUUUGUUUUCCCAUUUAAUGCAUUUGAAUCUGUUAAGGCAGCGGUCCCCAACCUUUUUU